GGACGGACAGACAGGCCUGUCUGGCUGGUCUCCACCCCACGAAACAUCCAAUCAUUCUUCAGGACUGCUGAUGCUGAUGCUCGCUCAUUGCGCUCGCCGUUCACUGAUUUCCAUGGAGCGCAGGCAAGCGAUGCCUGUUUUUUUCCAUCGGCCGGACUCGUGCGACGGAGCUCGACUCGAGCGCGGCGGCAGGGCACGGCACUCGGAGGCUGAUUGCCGACGGAUCUCGGCAGGAAUUGAAUUGAAUUGAAUCGAACCUUGACAUUCUUCUUUUCGACCUGAAUUUGGAGAUCGAGACCGGACGACAUGUCGAACCCUGCCCUCGAUUCCGGUACCUCAGGAGUCAAGAAGGUUCUGGGCUAUGCCGCCGUCGAGAAGGGCGGCAAACUCCUGCCCUUCGUCUUCGACCGCAGGCCGACUCAACCUCGCGACGUCGUGUUCAGAAUUCUCUACUGCGGCAUUUGUCAUUCUGAUCUUCAUCAGAUCAGGGAUGAGUGGUCCGAUGAUGUUCCUGCACAGUAUCCGAUUGUUCCAGGUCAUGAGAUGACAGGCAUAGUGUGUGAUGUGGGAGACGAGGUGACCAGGUUCAAGAUUGGCAACAGAGUGGGGGUAGGCUGUCUGGUGAACAGCUGUGGCAAAUGCAGCCACUGUAAGAGAAAUCUGGAACAAUAUUGUGAAGAGAAACCUAUUUGGACGUACAAUGACAAAGAUAUUUACACGGACAACCUGCCGACUUAUGGUGGCUUCUCUACUUUGAUGGUGGCUCCAGAGAGGUUUGUGAUCAAAAUACCAGAUGGGUUGCCCAUGGACGGAGCUGCACCGUUGCUAUGUGCAGGCAUUACAGUGUACAGUCCGAUGAUGCACUAUAAAAUGCAACAAGGGGGUAAACAUUUUGGAGUUGUUGGGUUAGGUGGAUUAGGGUUCAUGGCUGCGAAGUUCGCCAGAGCCAUGGGCAUGCAAGUUACAGUAAUUAGCUCCUCCCCCGACAAGGAGCUCGAGGCACGUGCUUGUUUGCGAGCUGAUGACUUCAUCGUUAGCAGCGAUCUUAAAAGAAUGAAGAAAGCUGAGAAAACAUUGGACUUCAUCAUCGAUACUGUAUCAGCCCCGCACAGUUUCGAUAAAUACCUUCCUCUGCUGAGAACCAAUGGCCAGAUGGUGCUGGUUGGCAUGCCCCACAAACCCUUGACUGUUUCGUCGAUGCUCCUUGCAGCCGGCCGAAGAUCCGUCGCCGGUAGUAUGAUCGGAGGUCUGAAAGAAACACAAGAAAUGAUGGACUUCUGUGGCAAACACCACAUCUUUUGCUUAGUGGAAAGAAUUCCCAUGGACUAUGUUAACAACGCGAUGGUGAGGCUGCACAACUCAGAUGUGAAGUAUCGUUUUGUGAUCGACUGUAAAACCAUCAAGAAUCCUACCGCGAUUUACGGGUGUCACUAGACAAGAGCUGGACCUGGUACUCCAGCUAUGUCUAUCAAUUAUCCUGUCAAUCUCAAUACUGAUUAAUUUGGAAAGCAGUAGUGUUGAAAGGCGGAUUCUGUUUUAAGCAGAAAAAUCUUGUACAUACAAAAAUCGAGCUAAGGUUUAAAAACGCGAAGGGACUCCGGGACUAGACAUCGAAACAUAAACCUUAACUCUCUGAGUAACCUCUUUUUAACCAGCUCACUCUGUGAGCUGGUUAAAAAGUUCCCUAGCGGAUACGAAAGUUCGUCUCACACAAUUGGUCUGAGCCCGCUCGGGUCCUUCUCAAACCUACGCAGGUCUACGAAGGACUAAAUCUGAACGUAGGUUACCGGAACACGCCAUACAGGCGAUAAGCCUCGGACUCAUUUCUCAAACACCUUUGCUCCUCGUGAGCCAUCUGAAUGUACUCAACGAUGGUCCAAACAUUCUGCUUUUAUCUUCACAGAGCUCAUCAGCACGAUAAAAAGCGUUCAUACGUAACAAAAAACGAACAACAAGAGAGCCAGUUAUUGGCACAAAACUUCGCUUCCAGAUUCGUUAUGAGAAAUGUAAUUCCUACCUACCGAAGUGUAUCUCAGGAUUGUACGUAAGACAUACGCUCAUGCUUCAGGCAAACAUGUGGGGCAACAAAACGGGCACCAGAUGAUCCACGUUGAACGAAACAAAUACAUGAGGAACAACUUUACCCAUUACAUGAAAGUUGCAAGCGUUGUACAAAUAUAUAUCCCAAAUGUCCUCCUCAAUUUCGACCCAAGCGCAGGAGGGGAGCAAAGCUGGACACCUACAACUGGGCUCUACUCAUGAAGCGUUAUAAAGCGCAAGAUCGAGGCAGUCCUAAGAGAAAAGGAACAGGUACAUAGCCUAAUUGAUAUCAGACUGAGGCGAACUGCUCUAAUAAAGGACCAGAUCUCCCCGGCUAGAAAAUUAUCAUGUACAAACUUGUAUUCGCUUGACAUCUUUAGGAAGAUCUCAACAGAAGCAAGGCAAGAGAACAUCGCCAAAAGUUGUACCUUGAGUCUACCAAAAAUCUCCCCACACUGUUAGGCAGCCUUGGGUGAGUCUCGUGGCUUUUUGUCCCUCUUUGCUGCUCCUGCUGAGGUUGCAGCGGAAACUUUGUACACUGCCUGCUGGCGGGCCCUGGCUUCCUCUUGCAAUUGUUUGUUUCUCAUAACGACAGCAGCGGUACUGUUCUUUAAAAGAGUCCUGCGCCUGCCAUAGCAAUCCAGCACAUAAGUCAUUACAUUAAAGAAAUGUCACUUGCCC